AUGUCCGGCGAUCUAAGCAACCUCAAAACCCUAACCUUUGACGUAUUCGGGACGGUGGUAGACUGGCGCUCCUCCGUAACGGACGAGCUCAGGUCCCGUGCCGCAGCCAAACUCGCUUCAGGCAAACUCAGCCCAGACGACAAGGAGAAGCUUACCUCAACAGACUGGGCAGAGUUCGCGCAGGAAUGGCGGAACUCCUACAAGGCCUUCACUCUUGGCUACGUCGCAGGGGAGACGGAGUGGAAGGACAUUGACGCGCACCACCACGAAAGCCUCGUCUCCCUUCUCGACGCGCAUUCGCUCGAGAACGUCUACUCGGCGGAUGAGGUCCACGAUCUGAGCCUCGUGUGGCACCGGCUGCGCCCCUGGCCUGAUUCUGCGUCCGGCCUACGCCGGCUGGGAGCCAAGUUUGUGACGGCGACUUUGUCGAAUGGAAACCGCGCUCUGGUGCGGGACCUCGACUCUUUCGGGAACCUUGGAUUCAUGAAAAUCAUGUCUGCUGAGGAUUGGAAGGUGUACAAGCCUGAUCCUGUGGUUUAUGACGGUGCUGUCGCGGCGUUGUUGGGGGAUGGUGCGGAAAAGGGUGAGGUUGCCAUGGUCGCGGCGCACCUGGGCGAUCUCGCCGCGGCGAGGGGGCGGGGGUUGAGGACUAUUUAUGUCGAGAGGCCGCUGGAGGAGGACUGGGAGGUUGGGGGCCAGAAGUAUGAGGAUGCGAAGGGGUGGGUUGAUGUUUGGGUUAAGGAGGGCGAGGGUGGGUUUGAGGAGGUUGCGAAGAGAUUGGGAGCUUGA